AUGCUGAAGAGGAAGGUCAGCUCUGCUGAAGGCUCGGGAAAGGAAGAGCCCCAAAGGAGAUUGGAAUGGUUGUCAGCUAAACCUGCUCCUGUGAAAGUGGAAACAAAGCCAAAAAAGGCAGCAGCAAGGGACAAAUCUUCAGACAAAAAAGUGCAACCAAAAGGGAAAAGAGCAAAGGGAAAGCAGGCCGAAGUGGCUAACCAAGAAACUAAAGAAGAUUUACCAGCAGAAAACGGAGAAACUAAAACUGAGGAGAAUCCAGCCGCUGACGAAGCAGGAGAGAAAGAAGCCAAGUCUGAUUAAUAUCAUAUACCAUGUCUUAUCAGUGGUCCCUGUCUCCCUUCUUGUACAAUCCGGAGGAGUAUUUUUAUCAACUAUUUUGUAAAUGCAAGUUUUUUAGUAGCUCUAUAAACAUUUUUAAGAAGGAGGGAAUCCCACCUCAUCCCAUUUUUUAAGUGUAAAUGCUUUUUUUUAAAAGGCAAAAUCAUUUGCUGGUUUUUUAUUUUUUGGUACAACCAGAAAAUAGUGUGGGAUGUUGAAUUAAUGGGAGGCUUUGACUGUCUUGGGUGUGAGCUUAACAUUCCAUAGAUGGGGGUUAGUUUUUAUAUCCUGUAAUACGAAGCAUACUAAAUGGCAGUGUGGAGUCCCAGUCCUGCAUUUGAUGUGUGAACAUUUUAAAUUACUUCUAUUCCCAUGUUGUUUUGUGGUAGAAUUGUUUCCUAAAGAAAA